CAGAUUUUCUUGGCAGCGUUGUGUUUCGUUUAUUUUGCCAAAGCGCUGGCCGGGAGUUACCUGAAAAGCACCAUCACCCAAAUAGAGCGGCGAUUCGACAUCCCCUCUGCCCUUGUCGGCGUCAUCGAUGGCAGCUUUGAGAUUGGGAACCUGCUGGUGAUCACGUUGGUGAGCUAUUUCGGCACUCGGUUACAUAGACCCAGAAUCAUCGGAAUGGGCUGCCUGAUUAUGGCGGCCGGAACGUUUCUAAUUGCGAUGCCGCAUUUCUUUAUGGGUCGUUAUACCUAUGAGAGACCCCCAGUGCCUUCUGCUAAUUCUUCUAUCAACGUCUCUCCAUGUGCCCGAGACUCUAGGAACCCGACGGUUAUUCCCACGGAAAAUCCUCACGUGAAUCUCGGCACCGGAUGUGACAAAGACUUCGGGAACUCAAUGUGGAUUUACGUUUUGUUGGGAAAUCUCCUGCGAGGAAUCGGAGAAGCCCCCAUCCAACCGCUGGGCAUUUCCUACAUUGAUGACUACGCCAGUGAGGACAACACCGCCUUCUAUAUUGGCUGUGUGCAGACGUCGGCCGUUAUUGGGCCAAUAUUUGGCUUCCUCUUGGGAUCCCUGUGUGCCAAGCUCUUCGUUGACAUUGGAUCAGUGAACCUAGACAGCGUUACCAUCACCCCGGCCGACGCCCAGUGGGUGGGAGCCUGGUGGCUGGGGUACUUAAUAGCCGGAGGGAUCAUCGUAUUGGCCACCAUACCCUUCUGGUUCCUACCCAAGGAGCAGCCGCGAGUAGAAACGGGCAAAACUCCCAGCACCCCCUCCGAGCAGUCGAGAUUUAUCCUUGAGGAGCAGAAAGAGGCAACUACGGAGCAAGAUGGGGUUCAUUUGCUGAACAUGGCGAAAGAUUUCCUGCCGUCGGUGAAGGAUCUUUUUGGGAACCCGGUGUAUUUCCUGUAUCUGUGUGGGAGCGUCUUCCAGUACAACUCCCUGAUCGGCAUGGUCACCUACAAACCCAAGUACAUCGAGCAGCAGUACGGACAAACCUCCUCCAAGACAAACUUCCUAAUAGGUCUCAUCAACAUCCCGGCCGUGGCCCUGGGCAUUUUCUCCGGGGGGGUCAUCAUGAAAAGGUUCAGAAUAAAUAUCCUGGGGGCAGCAAAACUCUUACUGGGUCCCUCACUCUUGGGGUACCUGGUGCUCCUCUCGUUGUUCGCAAUGGGGUGCAAGAACUCCUCCGUGGCCGGACUGACCGUCUCUUACCAAGGCUCUGCCCAGAUCUCCUAUCAAGAAAAUGAGGUGUCUGAGUGCAAUGUGGGGUGCAAGUGCCCCCAGACCCACUGGGAUCCAGUCUGUGGGGAGAAUGGACUUACCUACUACUCUGCCUGCUUUGCCGGAUGCCGGGUCUCCAAUGGGACGGGGAAGAGGGCGGAGUUCUAUAACUGUAGCUGUGUGGGGGCCCCGAUGUCCCAGCCCGGGGGGGGCGGUUCCGCAGUGGCGGGUCCCUGUGCAAGAGGAACCGAUUGCUCCAACAUGUUCCUUUACUUUGUGGUGACGUCCGUGAUGACCUCCUUCGCCCUGUCACUAGGGGGCACCCCCGGGUACAUGCUCCUCCUCAGGUGCAUCAAGCCGGAGCUGAAAUCCUUUGCGUUGGGCAUUUACACACUGGUCAUACGGGUUCUUGCGGGGAUCCCGGCACCCAUGUACCUGGGGGCGCUAAUAGACACCGUGUGCCUGAGAUGGAGCAGCAGGAGCUGCGCUGGGAGAGGGGCCUGUAGGUUCUACAACACGGACGCUUUCCGGUACAUAUACCUUGGCAUGACGUUGGCACUGGGGACAGUGUUUAUCUUUAUGACGGCGGCUGUUGUACUGAUGGUACAAAAACGCUUCCACCCAACAGAGAAUAAGGCUGAGGAUGAUGGGUGUGCAAGUUCAGCUUUGCCCCAGAAUGGGAAUCUUGCCAGUAAUUUACAUUUGUUACAAACAACACACUGGGCCCAAAAGGAGACCCGACUCUAAAGGGAGAGAAAUGGAGAUGUUCUGGAAUGGAAAGUUCCAUUGGGCUUAAUAACCAAAGGUUCCCCCAAUUGGAGAAGAUGGAUCCACUUCCUUGGCUCAACCUGCUGAUCAGAACAUCCUGCACUGCACUAAACUGGUCUCUAGUUGGGAUCGGAUCAGCACCUACACUGGCUGUGUCUUAUAACCCAGUGGCUGAACUACAGCCUAUAGGAGUGAUAGUGGGUUUCCUUCCCAGAAUUCCCUUUUAACUUUCAUACAUAUAAGAGACUCUCUUCACUCAAGAUCCUUGUGGACCUAUAUUGGG